UAGUUUGUAAUUUUGUUUUCCGGUUUCGAGUUGUUUAUCGUCGGCGAAUGACCCGUGUGGCGGUGCAUGCUUUCGGUUCGACAUUUUGACCAGGGACUUCUACUUCACAGGUUUACAAGUGUCCCACACAGUUGAUAUUAAGUGUUGUUGGCAGUAAUACAGAGCAGAGCAGACAAUUCUAAAGGUAAGCUAUUUCUAAAGGAAGAGUCUUCUACAGCAGUGAGCCAGGUACAACAGGUUUGAAAAACAUGGCAUCCAGCUGCGAGGAAGAAUACUCGGCUCUUUACCUUGGUAUUGUGGAUGACGAAGAUAAUUACGUAAAGUUCAAGAUAGAUAGGAAAGAUCUUGGUGAUUUUAGAAAGCUGGAUUUUAGCGUCACUUUUGAUGAGGCACAAAGACAGCUGUGGGUUCGGACCAGGAAGGACAAUGUCUUGUAUCAAUGUAAUUACCUCAUUAAGGGAUUAAUUAAAACUUCAAACCUUGAAGGGGGACUAAAGAAGAAGAAGGAUUAUGCAUCCCUGCGGAUAGAAAAGGAUUUGAAAAAUGGAAAAUUUAAUCUUAAUGACAAAUAAAACACAUCAUCAUCAAUGCUCUUUAGAAUGGUUGAGUACAGCUUUUGUUGUAAUCAAGAUUUCAGAGAAGAUCAAAGACAGCUUUUUAAGAGACAAUCCUGGAAUAUUCUAACACAGCAUUUAGUUUAUAGUUCACAUUUAUAAAACUGUACAUUAUACAUAAUAACGAUGUGAUCUCUUGUUGCUAGACAUUAACACUGGAUAACCUCCACUUGUUGGAUAACAUAUAUUAACAUAAUUAUAGACAUCAACAUAGAUUACCUUGGCUCGUUUAAGAAUACCUUUUAGGUAUAAUACUGGAAUAUCUCCCCUUGUUGGAGAUGACCAUAAUAUAACCUACAUGGAGAUGACCAUAAUAUAACCUACAAUGUACAUGUAUUUUAAUUGAAGGAAAUCUCUUGUAAAAAAGUUGAUAACGAGACUUUUAAAAACAUCGUACUGUGUAUUGAAUUCAUUUCACUGUCUUAACUGGGUAACAACAGACAAUAAACUGAAUUGUUUUGUGAUGUCUAAUAAUGUUUAAUAAAUAAAGGACGAAAAAAGGCGA